CAACCCUGAGCUCACUACACGUAUGACCAAACUAGCUGUCCUUGCGGAAAAGGGCUAGUGACAAAACUGUCAGGCGAAAGUACUUCUCUGGAACGCAGACGAGACGCACAAGUGAUGGCAUCGGAGGAAACUUUCAAGGUAAAUUCCCUGAAAGACAAAGUGACCCUGAUCACUGGUGCCAGCUCAGGAAUCGGAGCAGCGACAGCCCUAUUGUUUGCCAAACUUGGUGCUCGGCUCGCAUUAAAUGGCCGCGAUGUGGAAAAUCUAAAAAAGAUAGCUGAACAGUGCACCGGCCACGGUGCCAUCCAGCCCUUGCUUGUGCCUGGUGAUCUGACCGACGAGGAGACAGUGAGCAAAACUGUGGACCAGACUCUUGCUCAUUUUGGCAGGCUUGAUGUCCUUGUCAAUAGUGCAGGAAUCUUGGCCAUGGGCAGUAUUGAAACAACUGAUUUAGCCCAGUAUGAUAAGGUCAUGAAUGUCAAUGUCAGGUCUGUGUAUCACCUGACCCACCUGUGUGUGCCCCAUUUGAUAAAGACACAAGGCUCUAUUGUGAAUGUCUCAAGUGUCAAUGGCCAGCGAUCGUUUCCUGGUGUCCUUGCCUACUGUAUGUCCAAAUCAGCCAUUGACCAAUUCACUCGCUGCACAGCGCUUGAACUGGCUGAAAAAAAAGUGCGGGUCAAUUCGGUCUGCCCCGGAGUGAUCAUAACUGAAGUUCACAAACGAGCUGGUUUGAAUGAAGAAGAAUAUGCAAAGUUCCUAGAGAAGUGUAAGGUGACCCAUGCCCUUGGGCGACCAGGGGAGGCCGAUGAAGUCGCUCAUGCCAUUGCUUUCCUGGCGUCAGAUGCUGCAACCUACAUAACAGGGGUCAACCUUCCUGUGGACGGGGGUCGGCACGCCAUGUGUCCGCGAUAAUGGGCCUCUCACCUGGAGUGGACCUGGUCUCACUGAAAUGAUCUGUUUGACUGGCGACAGGUGAUAAUAAAAGGUGAUGUUAGUGCUGA